AUGGAUUCUUCUCUUCCAUCCUCCUCCAAUUCCACUUCUUCUUCUUCUCAACCAAUUCACACUUUGGUUUCUUUCCCUUUGGCGCAAAGCACCAGAAACAUGCUAGCUUUGGAGAGGGUUUCCAAUGAAAACAGGCAAGAGUUCUUUUACUUGCAAAACGGAGGAGGGUUAGGACUGGCUUUAACGGAGAAUGCUACCUCUUUUCUACCUACAUUGGCUUCCAACCCAACCUUUGUUUCUGCCAUGCUUGCCUUGUUUGUCACGCAAUCCACCAAAGUUUUCUUGAAUUUCUUUAAUAACGGGCGAUGGAAUUUCAGACUCAUGCUUGCUUCUCAAGGAAUGCCUUCUACCUUCUCCGCACUGUGCUCCGCUCUCACCACUUCUGCUGCUAUCUCUCAUGGUGUUGCUGGUUCCCUCUUUCCCCUUUCUUUGGGAUUUGGUCUCAUUGUCAUGUGUGAUGCUGUUGCUGUUAAAGGACAUCUUGGCCACCAAGCACUGACGGUUAAUAAGCUUAAGGAUAUAGUGUUCCAAGGGGUUCCAGUUAAUCAAGAGAGGCUACAAGAAGAUGUUGGUGACACCAUACCUCAAGUCUUAACUGGUGCACUGCUCGGUUCUACAGCUGCCAUUUUAUGCUCUCUAGGUUUCAUGCUACUGCGUUAG